AUGCCUCGGCCCAUGGAGUUUGAUCAAACUUUUCGGUUCAUCUUCAAGGUUCUACGACUGAUUGGAUACUCCAGCUACCUAACUUCAUAUCCGGACACCUUUCUGGGACGACUCAAGUCCAAUGCCGUUUUCGCAGUGUGCUUCGUCAUGUUGGGAUACUGCGUAUUCGGUCAAGCCAUCAAUAUAGUUUUGCUGAUGACGGGUUACCGCCGCACCGAUCAAAUCAUCGAAGAAGUGGCCAUCCAGGUCAGCUGCACCGGCUUCUGCAUCAUAGGAUUGGCUAAAAUGUACAGCCUGAUGUACAAUCGAGACACUCUGUACGGACUGAUAAAGGAUUUUCGUGUCAAGUGGAAUGCCGACCGUCUUACGGAGAAGGAUCGGCUGAUACGUGACCGGAAGCUGCGUCCCGCUGUGACCAUUUCGACCGUGGCUGCCGUAGGAAAUAUUGUUAUGGUGUCGGCGUUCAACUUUCAGCCGGUUGUGGAGAUGGUUUCCGCCCGGAUGGCCACCGGAGAAUGGGCAAAAUUGUUCCCGUACGUGAUAUGGUUUCCAUUCAACUCGACCUCCGGACCGAUUUACUAUAUACUGUACUUGUUCGAGAUCUAUUCCGGAGUUAUCGUGUGUGUCGGAACAGCGGGAUUCAAUUCUAUUUUUUGCCUGCUUUCUUCACAUCUGUCGAUGCAAUUGAUACUGGUGCGUAGUUGGAUUGAGAGUUCGGUAAAAGCCAAGGAUGGAAAUGCUGGAAAAUCAAGGGAGAAUCUGCGUCGAAUAAUUGAAUAUCAUCAGGACUUGCUCAGAUUCAAGGAUGCUUUGCAAGAAAUAUUUAGUACAACCCUGUUUCUGAAUUUCGCCGCUAGUUCCGUUUUGAUGUGCAUGCAGCUUUAUCUGAUAACUACCGCUGGUUACGCUCUUAUGAUUAAGUUCACGCUCUUCAUGCAAUGCAUUCUAUUGGAGAUCUUUAUUUUGUGCUACUACGGCGAAGAGAUCGUAGUCCAUAGCUCGUCGAUUGCAAAUGGAGCGUACAACUCUAACUGGUACCUGUCGGGAAGUAGCAAGCAGAAUCCUCGCUACGGGAAAAGUUUGAUUCUGGUCAUUCAGCGAGCACAAAGACCAAUGAUUUUGACUGCGUGGAAGUUUUGGCCCCUAACUAUCGGAACAUUCAGUGCGAUUUUGCAAACAUCUUGGUCGUACUUCACAUUGCUGAGAACUGUGAUGCAUUGAAUUCACAUAUUGCGGGAAGGUAUAGGGGAACGGUUCGGCACUUCAUCCCAUAGCUCCUA